GGGGGCUUUACAAAGCAAAAUUAUUCCUUUUUUUCCCUUGAGCGCACCGUUUUAUUGCAGCAAAGUGUAACCCUAAAACCCCAGAAUCCCAAAACCCUAAACGGUGCAAAAACCUCCAGUUUGCAGCGAAAUUCUCCACCCCCAACAGAAAUGGCGGAAAUCAGACCAGAGCAACAAACAAGUUCAAAAACCUUCCUGAUCAAACCAAAACUAAAACCUAAACCGAGAACAUCCCAAACCCCAGAAUCCAAGUACUGGUCUUCUUUCAAAACUCAAAUCCCAAAGCUUAUCCUCUCAAUCUUUCCCUCCCUUUUCCCCUUCCCUCCGCACCUUUUUGCUGCUGCCACUCCACUUCCCUUUCUCUCUUCUCCCCUCUUCCUCCUCUCCCACGACGACGUUUCACCCUCCUCCACCAUCUCCUCCUUCACCGACGUCGUUUCCUCACUUUCCUUCCGUCUCGACGGCCUCCUCUUAGCCGCUUCCGCCUUCUCCGGUCUCAUCCUCUUCGAUGUCAAAACCCGGACCCCACUUCGUCGCCUCCCCCAUAUCCGUCCGGUUCGUUUCGUCAAGUAUCCAGUUCUUGAUAAGCUCCAUUUACUCUCCGGGGGCGAGGAUGCUGUCGUUAAAUUCUAUGUUGCUGGGGAAAGCGUGGUUUUGGACUUGAUGGGUCAUAAGGAUUAUGUACAGUGCGGUGAUUGUAGUCCGGUAAGUGCUGAUAUGUUUAUAACAGGUUCUUAUGAUCAUACUGUUAAGGUUUGGGAUGUAAGAGUCGAGAAUUCGAGGUCAGUUUUGGAAGUGAAUCAUGGGAAACCGGUGGAAGAUGUUAUUUAUUUGCCUUCUGGUGGAUUAAUUGCAACUGCCGGUGGGAAUUCAGUGAAGAUUUGGGAUUUGAUUGGAGGAGGGAGGAUGGUUUAUUCUAUGGAGAGUCAUAAUAAAACUGUUACUUCAAUUUGUGUAGGAAGAGUUGGCCGGAAUGGAGGGGGUGAGGCAAUGGAGGAUAGGAUUUUGAGUGUUGGUUUAGAUGGGUAUAUGAAGGUUUUUGAUUAUGGUAAGAUGAAGAUUACUCAUUCCAUGAGGUUCCCUGCUCCCCUUAUGUCGGUUAGCUUUUCGCCUGAUUGUAGGACUAGAGUGAUUGGGUCAUCAAAUGGGAUUAUAUUUGCAGGGAGAAGGAAGGGGAAGGAGAAUGUCGAGAGUGGAGGGGGGGAUCUUCUAGGUUUUGGGAGCAUAGCGGAGCCGGGCAGACGGGUUUUGAAGCCUACAUAUUUUAGGUAUUUUCAUAGAGGGCAGAGUGAGAAGCCAGCAGAGGGGGAUUAUCUAGUAAUGAGAACUAAGAAGGUAAAAUUGGCAGAGCAUGAUAAGUUGCUGAAGAAGUUCAGGCAUAAGGAUGCACUGGUUUCGGUGUUGGGUAGGAAGAACCCAGAGAAUGUGGUUGCUGUAAUGGAGGAGUUGGUAGCAAGGAAAAAGUUAUUGAAAUGCGUCUCAAAUUUGGACACGGAGGAGAUUGGCUUAUUGUUAAUGUUUCUGCAUAAACAUGCAACCAUGCCAAGGUAUUCUGGUUUGUUGAUGGGGUUGACACAGAAGGUUAUUGAGAUGAGGGCUGAAGAUAUCAGAAGUUCGGAUGCCUUGAAGGUUCAUAUUAGAAAUCUUAAGCGAUCAAUUGAGGAAGAAAUAAGGAUACAGCACUCAUUGCAAGAAAUACAGGGUAUAAUCUCUCCUUUAUUGAGGAUUGCUGGAAGAAGACAAAAAAUUUAUUAACUUGUUGCCAUUUUGUUGUUUUUGUAUUACUUGCUUUACAGGCUUGAGGUUUUUUCGUGAUGAGAGAAGCCCCUCAAAUUUUUAAUCUUUGUUUAAUGUGUUAUUGAAGGAAAUUAAGCUACCAUGCUUAGAAAUAUCA